CCAGCAUAACUUCGCACGUGUACGGACGGAUUUGCCGCCUGCGCUUGACCUUUUCCUCACGUGGCGUAGCUGGGUGCAGGGAACAGGGGGGAGGAGGCGCAGAACCAGUAAUUCCCGAUGGUGCAACGGUCAGUGCGGCAUUUGUCAAUGCGAUUUUCGUUCGAUCCGAAGCGCAAGUUUAUCUCCGAAUGAACACGUUUACCAUAUAUUUCAUCCUUCAUUCGAAUCCUCAAUCUCCUACCUCCGGUCGUUCGGCGGUCUGUUGGCAUGCCAAGGCUGCUGCUGUUGCGACCCCAGCAUGGGGCUCAGGGUCGACGUGUUCCGCCACGGAGACGGGAUUUACUAUGGCAAGAUGAGCACGAAGGUGCCUCUCUGGUUCGACCGGUUGUUCAACGCUUCUUUCGAGCCAGGGGAUGUGAUUGCGCAGAGUGCGGUGGUGGAUCUUCGGCGUGUUUAAGAUUGAUCGGCGAUAUGGCAACGCCGAAAGCGUGUACAAUUUGGUCGUGCGCGUGCUCUCCAGGGAUGUGUCCGACCUGGAUAUUCAGCUAGCGACUACCCCGGCAGAAAUUUCGAUUUGAAGGCAGAUGGCCCCAUCUGCUUUGGUGUCGAGAGCUUGUCUGACGGCAGGCCGCACAUGGGCAUAGAUGAGAAAGGCUUCUGGUGGAAACCCCAGGAAAAGGUGGCACCUGUCGAUGGGAUGCUCAACGUGAGGGACAGCCACAUUGCCAACACUUAUGGCAAAAUGGAAGAGACGCCGUUAUUUGUCUGGUCUUUUGUCGAGCGCGGCAAAAUCAUGAGCCCUUUCGAUGCCUACAACGACAUCCUCAUCACAACAGAUCGCGUGAGACUGCAUAGCCAGGUUUAUUGGAAGUUCUUGGACUGUCGGACCUGCUGGUGCUGGGGGGCCUGUUGGUGCUUCUGUCUCCGACGGCUGCUGUGGCGGAUUGCAGCCAAUGCGCAGCUGCCAAAGAGCCGGUCUUUCCUGAAUUUCACACAUCUCACGUCUUUUGCUACGGAGACCGUAGUGACGCCCUCGCGCGUGUGGCUCAGAUGCCCUUGCUUCAUUUCCUGCUGCGCCGCCUGCACAGCCUGCGUGCAUUGCAAGCGAAGCAUGUGCCCCGCCCGUGGGGAAUGCUGCGGCUGCCCGCGGGAGGAACCGCCCAAAGUGCAGCUGUGGCUGCUCUUCCUGCAGAAGUGGUCCCAGGCGGUUCAGGCCGACAUGGUGUUGUCCGUGCGGCCCUACAAGCUCCCGGAGCUCGAAGGCUGCGAUGAUGCGCGCCAGGGACAGAAGAAGCACGCUGACACACCAGAGGUUCAGGAGUUGCGCAACCUGAUGCGCGCAGUCCUCAGGAAGAGGGACGAGAAGGACCGCAUGCUGAAGGGCGAAUUGGACCAGCCCGACAGCGACGAGGAGGAACCGCCUCCAGAGUGAGGCUCGGCACGUAUGCGUUGGCCACGGUGUGGGUGGAGGAGUGCAACGUGUGGGGACAACGACGUGGGGGGAACCGAGGUGCACAGGAGACCGUGCAGCGAGUCUUGAACUUGAAGAGUUCAGAGACCCGCAUGCGUCCUAUUUCUUUGCUGGCUCUGCUCAACUGGGGCCCGCGUGACGCACGGCGGGUGUUGAGAUUCCUGGCCACCUUGCCCCCGACAACGAAUCGGGGCUGCGAUGGUGCAGUGCGGUCUGUGGGCAAGAUGAGAGUAAAAAACAGAUGAAGUUGGUUCUCCUCUCCAGCCGAAUAUGGUCCCGCCUCGUCGGUUGCUUGUUCUCGGCUUGCGUCCUGCCUGCCCGCUCCUCUCGUUCCUCGUCCGCCCAGCCUUGACUUAUCUGCCUCUCACACGAGCCUGCUCGUGGGGAGUGUCGCUGCGCUUCCCAAAGCAUCCCUUGGGACGUCUAGCUGGCGCGUGCCUGGGACGUGUACUUUUCCUGCUGCCCUCUGCUGCAUUGGGCGCCUCGGCGGUAGGCUUGGUAGUGGCUGUACCUGGAGGAG